AACCUCUUGCAGAAGCAGUGCUAUACUGUAUCUGAAAAAGUAUCACUCUUACGCUUGGCUGCUGCUACUUUCUACAAAGGCUUUUAAGUAUCUAUUUGUUGCAAGGAAGGGGAGUGGGGGACUUGAGGUUUUAUCCAAGGUCUGACGUAUCACAGUAGUUCUGUACAAGUUUCCUCAGCUCUCCUUGUCUUAAUGAUACCAGACAUGGUGAAAUUAUGUGUAAAAGUAAUUUUCUUUUGACGUAUCUCAAAGUCCAGAUCUUCCAACUGCCAAGGUUAGGAAUCACGUGGAUUUUAGGAACGAUUCUAAAUCAAAGCAAAAUAUAUGCCGUGCCGCCUCCACAGCCCAUCAGCGUUUGUUUGUUUGAUCUGGUUUUCGAUUCCCUGUGUCGUUUUGAAGCCAGGCAGACAUGGCAGUACUGGAAAGGGAACAUUCCCAAGGUUCUACUUGAAGAGGUGUUGAUGCUUUGCUCUUUUCUCCCAAGUCAGUUCCAACCCAGGUCUCCCCACACACAGGGCCCACACCCAUAGAACUCUCUGUGUGGUAUGUAUGCCAGCAACCCCCAUUUCUACUGCUUAAGGACCACAUGGCACAUCUUUCCAUGAUUAAUUUUGAUAAUGACGAAGCUUGGGAGAAAUUUCAAGUGUGCAAUUACAUUGGACCCAUCUAAAUUUUCUAUUGCGUUUCAGUUUUGCACCAUAUAUUAUUUUCAAUUACUGUUCAUGAUUAGUAUGCUCUGACCUGAUGGGGCAAGAAUGGCUGCUCUUCUCAAUGUUUAGUGAUGGGAUAUUUUGAGUAUAAAGUGCUUUUAGGCAUCUUCAAGAAAAAAACAACUUUUGUUUGUUGGCGGUGUUAAUCUCAUAUUCCAGAAUGACAUUCUCUAACUUUUAUAAUGCUCAUGGCUGCAUUUUACAGCUGUAAACGUGUGGUUGGAGUAGGAAAAAACUAUUACCAUGUAUGGCAAGCUUAUUAUGUGCUAGACAAUCUACUAAGCAUUUAUGUACUUGUAUAUGUAAACUGCCCCAACUGGACACAGUCUCUGCAGCUUCUUAGCUGUGUGACCUCAUGCCAGUUACCCAACUUCUCUGUACUUUACUUCCCUCACCUUUAAGUGGGGGAAAUAGUGGUAUCCAUCUAAUCAGGUGAUUAUUAAAAGAUUCAAUAUAUAUAAAACACAUAGGAAGUGCUAAGUAAGUGCUGACUAUUAGGAUCAAUAUGUUCUUUAGUUCUCAUUUUACAACUCAGAAAACUGAGAUGUAGAGAGGUUAACUUGUCUGGGGUCACCAAGCUAGUAAGUGGCAAAGACAGGACUCAUACACAGGCCAGACUGACUCCAGGGCCUAUACCCUUGGUAACUUCACCAUAGUAAUUGGAUGAGUUUAUUAACUGACUUCAAAAGAAAUAAGUGUAUUCAACUGAUUAAUGUUUAAAAACUGUUAAAACACCUGGAAAUUAAAGCAAAUUAUCCUAUCUUAAAAAGAUACAAAAUAAUUCAUUCUGUAAAGGAAAACAAUAAUGGUUUUACUUAGAUUACUACCUGCAGAAGCGCUUCUAUGUUGUAUAUCAUCCAUUUAAAACAUAAUUUACAAAAUGCCUAAGAAAUAAUCUGUCUAAGCCAGUGUGGUCUCUGACUGGCAUCGAGGUGACUCCCGUGGGGACAAUCUUUUUUAGUGCCUUCAUGGAUGAUAAAGCUAUGUAAACGCUUUUUUUAAACUCGUUUGAAUUUGCAGCCGGUAGUAUUCCUUGAGUUUAGUGGAACAGGUUUAGGUUCUGUGUAUUGUGUUGCACCUUGUACCUAAGUUUAUCUUGAGGUUUUAGGAGAUUUAGCUCAGUUCAAGGGAUCCUGAAUUUUGUGAACAAGUGACAUGUGCACAAAUAUGUUCUCUAGUCAAAUAAAUUUGGGAAAUGUUAAACAAAAUAAAGUUUCUUUACUACCUAAUUUGCCAGAGCUUGUAUCAUGUUAAUGUGCUUUAUUCCUCUACAAGAUUCCCAAACUUAUUUGACCAAAGAAAAAGCUAGGGGCAAGUGUUCCAAGAAUCACAUUGAGGGAAAUGGUAUCCCAUUCAUAUAACCUUUGAUUCUGUGGGCUUCGAUCUUAAUUCCUCUCAGCCUUUGCUUUUCUCUGCUGAGGAUGUUGGUUCAUGUUCAUAUGACAGCUUUGCAGCCCCUUAAUCACUGCAGUUGACUUUCCCUGGGCCUGCGUGCUGAGUGGUGGCAUACACAAGUUCAGAGUCAUGUGCUGUGAUUUGUUCCCAGGCUCAUCCUGCCAAAGCCCAGCGUGCUAGCCUUUGGGUCACAGCAGCACGUCACGCUCCCUUUCUUCUGAGAAUAUUUUGUAAUGAUUCAUAGGCCUUUGUAGUGAUUCUGAGUACCGUCUCUAAUUAGUUUACUCUGUGUUCCACUGGAGUUAUUUCCUUUUAAUGUCAGUGUAACCUGUAAAAUUUUGCUUUUCAUUCAAAACAAAUUUAAAUGUCAGUAAUGUUGGUUGUUACUAGGAUCUAUCUGUGAAGUUGAGAUGGUCCUAAAACCCUUAACACUUGGUUUCUACUUAAAAAAAAGUGACCACACUUCUUUUGUGCUGAAAAUCCAGACUUGCGUAUAUUUUAUUUUGAUAUUAACAUCAAAAUACUGGGUUUUUGUUUGUAUCACUCUUUUUGAAAGCCGUGGGGAGAAGGAGAGGCAGAAUAAAUGUAUGUGUUAAAUGGGGAAAAAAAGGCUUUGGAAAAAAAUAUAUAGUUAUAUAAUACUGACACCUAGAGAAUCAGUUUCUACCUGUGUAUAUGUGACCUUCAUCUGCUUCCCUUCUCUACUCACCAUAUCCACCCAUGCACAGGAAUGUUAUUUGACUAGUACUUGAGACUUAGGGUGCCCAGUACUGUAUCAUUCCUGCUAUUGGAGAGCUUAUAAUAAUGUAUAUGGGGAGAGACAGGACUUGUGAAAUAAGCAGAACAAAUAAGGAGGGCAAUUUCUAAUUAGAGGCCAAAAUGUGAGCUUUAGUUUAGACGUAAAUGCUAUAGUAAUCAUAAGAGGCAAGAAGUUUUCAUAGAGAAGGCAGGCACCUGCACUGUGCUGUGAUAGGACUGAGAUAGACAAGGAGGCCUCAGGAGACAUUUUUGGCAAGUGAGAAGCAAGGUCAAUGAUAUGGAGCUAGAAAUGAGUCUGGAAUGUGGAGGAAAGUUUAUCACAAAUAUGGUGGGAGUACUGCUUCCAAGAAAUGGUGACAGACAGGAUGUAGCAACUGAAGGACAUAAAGAAGUCCAAGCAAGAUAACUCGUAAGUUUUUAGUCUGCUGGAUCAGAAGGGGUUGGGGUUGCCAUUGAGAGCAAGGAGAAGGGGUUUCACUUUAGAUGAAUCUGAAAUGAGCAAGACGGGAGCUUAGGAUAUAACAACUAAAGAAGAUGAAGAAGUCCAAGAUAACUCGUAAGUUUUGAGUCGGCAAGAUUGGGAGGGGUGGUGUUGCCAAUGAGAGAAAUCCUGAUUUGGUUAAGGAGAAGGGUUUUGAGUUUAGGUGAAUCUGAAAUGAGAGACAUGGGGGCUUAUGAUAAUAGGCUCAGAGUCAGAUCCGGUCAGCGUACAAUGGGUGAAGUAACUGUGAUGUUCUUAAAUGAGUUGCUAAAGUCAGACCAUUUCUUAAGUCUAUAAAAGAUAUUUUCUACUUUCCUGUUAGGGAAGGUCAACUAACAACAGCGUUAAGAAAAAACACAAAUCAGACUCAGGUUGUUGUCCUUGGAAAAAGGGCUUAGUUUAGCUCAGUUAGCUCUCUGUGGCUAGCUUUGUCCUGGGCUGCAUCAUACUGUGUCCCGGCAUCCUGGCAUCCCGUUUGCUCUUGGCAUCCUCACUUGAGGGUUGAACAGCUUCCCAAGCUGUGCUGCAGUUCUUUUCCCACCUAAUGGGAAUAGGAGGCCUUCGUUUUGCGGGGCAGAUCCCCCAGUGCUGCACCUGUGCUCUGCCAAAGGUAGAAACACAGUGAAAAGCACGCUGUGACACUAUGAGCCAGCUCCAGCAGAUUCCUUCCUGCUAAAUUGCAGGUCAAGUUAUUAUGAGGCCCUGAAAUGAGGUACAGGGCUGGGCGGAGGAUCCUUAUGCAGUUAGGAGGCCAGCCUGCCUUACGCAGACUUUGCCCAGGAGGUGGGAUUUCUCUACACCUCUCAAAGGGCAGAGGGACUUGUAUGGCCUCUGACUUGGGAAAUCAAGAGUUUCAACCCACAACUCUGAGGGGAAAUGGGCUCUGAUGACAUCCUGAAGUGUUAGUAAAAUGAAACAAGAACUUAGGUGGAUAACUAUCAUUUUCUCUCAUUCAGCUCCGAAUCACCAUGAUCCCCAAAGUCUCUUGCAGCUGAAAAAUUCCAUGAAGCAACCUUAUUUUCCCUAACAUGAAAAACCCCUUCUGGAAAUGCCCAGCUGCUCUAAGUAAACUGAUAAAUAGGUCGUUUGCUCUGAAAACAAGCUUUUCAUUUCAGUUUAGAAAGCCAUGCACAUGAUUCGACCUUCACAAUGUUGCCUUUGAACUGGAAACUGUUUGGAAGGGAGUCUUACAUGGGGAAGAUGGCAUUCGUGUGUCUGUUACACUGCACUCCUGCCCAAUAAGUGUGUCCCGAGGCACGCGCCUGUGCAUAGCCGGUUGCUGACUGCAUUUUGUCAGACACUGCUUUGUGAAUGCAGACUUGGGACCACUGCCCAGCUUCCUGUAGUGCUAGUCCUCCAUUCCCACAGAACUCCUUCCCUAACCAAAUCCUUGAGUGCUUCGUUGUCACCCCGAGGCUCUGCCUGAGUGUCACUUCAGUGUUGUGCAUCAGAUGUCCUUGGUUCCAUUUAGGCUGUGCAAGUAGACAGACAUGUGAGGUUUGGUUCUGGUUGGUAGUUGCUAGCACCAGGUCACAUUGCUCCCCCGGUGAGUUCAUUCAAACCCCAAAAGUCACACCUGUGUCCUGUGCGCGGGUGCUGCAGGCUUAGGUGGAGAAAAGCAGGGCUAGAAUUGGAACUCAAAGCCCAGAAUGUCAGGAGAGGAUGUGGGGCCCCCGCCCGAUCACCUCUGGGUUCACCAAGAGGGCAUCUACCGAGACGAAUACCAGCGCACGUGGGUGGCCGUCCUGGAAGAGGACACGAAUUUCCUAAGGGCACGAGUCCAGCAGGUUCAGGUUCCCUUAGGUGACGCAGCUAGGCCAAGCCACCUUCUUACCUCCCAGCUACCUCUCAUGUGGCAACUCUACCCUGAGGAGCGCUACAUGGAUAACAACUCUCGCUUGUGGCAGAUCCAGCAUCACUUAAUGGUCAGGGGAGUACAGGAGCUGUUGCUUAAGCUUUUGCCUGAUGAUUAACCGGGUGCUGGGAUUCUAGGAAGACAUGCUGCUCUGUUCUGUUCAGUAUAUGGCAGUCACUUCAUCCACCACUGCAGUGCACCCACCUGUGGGCCUGGGGGAGGGAGUGGGUUGACAAACUGCUCAAGAACACAGAAGUUUAGGAAGGGUCAUGAAGACCACCGCAAGUGGAACUGCAGAGAGAGGGUUACGCAGGCAGAAAGCACUUAGUCAGGAUACGUAACUUGAAAUUGACUCCUUUGGAAAUUGCCAUAGAACCUUUAAUGGACAUCAUCAGCUGGAACCGGGAUCUGAUGAAUCCCACAAAAGUCAGCACCCGCUACAGAACAGAUGCUCUGAUCACCAAGGACUUGGUACUGGUUUAGAGAGAAGAGAGCAGCUCCUAGCAGCAUCAACAUCUAUUGGUCGCUUAUUUGCCCAGCAGCAAUUCACCCGCCUUUCCUUCUCCCAUCCUGUAAAUAUCCUAGGUUUUGCUCCAGUGUUUCCCAUCCCAGUACUGACCUAACUUGGAUCCACUGAGAACUUAGGGGUCUCUGGGGGAAAAAAAGGAGGUUAUUUGCAUUAAUGGAAUUAGCUACAAAGGCUCCUGGGCCUUUUUCCUUUCUGAAAUUGUGUCUUGAAAAUUAUUCAAAGUUGCUGAUCAAAGUCAUGGGCACUUAAAUUUAUUUUCUGGUUACAGAUAUUUUAAAUAAGUUGCUUUCUGUAAGAGUGCCAAAAACCAUUUUAGCUGCUUAACUAGCACCUUUCUCAGGAAGUAAUAAUAGCACCAAAUAUUGCUGAUUCCUAGGAAAGCAUUUACUACCUGAUAAAGAAUUUCCUGAGUUAAAAGUUAUAAUAGUUUAUGUGCAUUAAAAACCUUAGUUUUACUUUCCAAAAAUCUUGGGAAUAAUAGCUACCAUGUAGGCAUCCUUGAUGCCUUCCAGGCACCAUUCUAUGCACUUUAUAACAUUUAAUCCUCCCAUCAGUGCUUUGAGGUAGGUAUGAUCCCCAUUUGAUACACAAAUAAUAAGGAAAAAGGCUCAAGGAGUUUAGUCAUUUACCAAGGGUGGUUUUGUGAAUGAUACGGCCGGGCAGUGGGCAGGCCCUUCAGGCUGCGGCGUCGGCUCCUCUAGCCCGACAUUGGUUUACAGUAUUCGAGAUGAGUUGAUUGAAUUCAAGGGGAAAUUUUUCCAUGUAAAGCUAUUUAUAUCUUCCAAAUUGAAUGAAAUAUUAUAAAAAUACAGCUGAUUCAUCCUAUGAAUGGGAAGAGUAUUUUUUAGUGUAAUUGUCCUGCAACAAUUGGAAGGGCAUACUGCUUGCCUCUGAAGAAAAUUCCUUCUAGAGGGGCUUUAAAGUCUUUAUGGAUAAAAGACAAAAUAAAAAUCAUUUUUCUUA